UUCACGAAAUCGCUAACUCAUAACACAUUUUUCACUAAUUGUGUUAGGAGCUUCAAAAAUGUCGUUCCUUUAUAUUGCUGCCGGAUUAAGCGCAUUAGUUUACGCGUUGUACUAUUACUUCACAAGAACAUUCAACUACUGGAAGAGCAGAAAUGUUCCCGGACCGGAACCAAUCCCGUUCUUCGGGAACAUCAAGGAAUCAGUUCUACGGCAGAAGAAUAUAGGCAUCAUAAUACAUGAUAUAUAUAAGGCCUAUCCAAACGAGAAAGUGGUUGGACUUUUUAGAAUGACUUCUCCUUGCCUCCUCAUCCGAGAUUUGGACAUUGUUAAACAUAUUAUGAUCAAAGACUUCGAGGUGUUCACUGACCGUGGAGUGGACUUCAGCAAAGAAGGACUGGGACAAAAUUUGUUCCACGCUGAUGGAGAAACAUGGACAGCUUUGAGAAAUAGGUUCAGUCCCAUUUUCACCACAGGUAAAUUGAAAAACAUGUUUUACUUAAUGAAUGAAGGAGCUGACUCAUUUGUGGACUACGUUACUACAGAAUGUCAAACAAGACAAGAGUUUGAAGUGCACCUUCUCCUGCAAUCGUAUACUGUAUCUACUAUUUCCGCCUGUGCCUUUGGAGUUAGUUAUGACAGCCUCCAAGACAAGAUGGAAGCCUUGAAAAUUGUAGAUCAAGUUAUUUCAUCACCAAGUUACAUCGUCGAGUUAGACUUUAUGUACCCAGGACUCUUACGAUCACUUAACCUUUCUCUUUUCCCGAAAGUGGUGCUGCAUUUCUUCGCAAAUCUUGUUGACAAUAUUAUUUCUCAGAGGAAUGGUAAACCAUCAGGACGAAAUGAUUUCAUGGACCUCAUACUAGAACUUCGUCAAAAGGGAGAAGUAGAAAGUACCAAAUACGGACACAGUGGCAAGACUCUAGAAAUAACGUCAGACGUGAUUGCGGCGCAAGCUUUUGUAUUUUAUGUGGCUGGGUAUGAGACUAGUGCAACCACUAUGGGCUACAUGUUGUACCAACUAGCGUUGAAUCCAGACAUCCAAAAGAGGUUGACCGAGGAGAUUGAUGAAUCACUGAAAGCAAACAAUGGACAAAUAACAUACGACACUAUUAAAGAAAUGAAGUACUUAAACAAAGUAUUUGAUGAAACUCUACGAAUGUAUUCGAUUGUGGAACCUCUACAGAGGAAAGCUGUAAGAGAAUACAAAGUUCCCGGUACUGACUUGACAAUAGAAAAGGACACGAUAGUACUUGUAUCUCCGAGAGGAAUUCACUAUGAUGAAAAAUAUUACGACAACCCUGAAGUAUUCAACCCUGACAGAUUCGACCCGGAGGUGGCGGGCAACCGCCAUCCGUGCGCCUACUUACCAUUUGGAAUUGGACAACGAAACUGUAUCGGCAUGCGGUUUGGCAGACUUCAAUCUCAACUAUGUAUAACGAAGUUGUUGUCCAAGUUCCAAGUGGAGCCGUCUAAGAAUACCGCUAGAAACUUGGAGGUGGAACCUCACCGCGGUAUCAUCGGGCCAAAGGGAGGAAUCAAAUUAAAUGUUGUUCCGAGAAAGAUAAAAUCUUAAAAACCUAUUGGAUUCCAACCGGAAAAUAUGAUAAAACCCUCCAUAAAUAAAAACCGAAAUAUAUCCAGAAUCGUGUCUGUAUAAAAGAAAAUAUGUAUAGGACUAAUAUAAUGGUUUGAAGUCAGUCUUACAAUUUAUUCUGAAAUCGUCAGUGGUUGAAGUGAAAGGUAUAGGUAAAGUAAAAGUUUUACUUGAUUAUUAUACUUAUACCAAAAUUCUGAAAAAAACAAUGCAUCUCUAUUUAGAUGAGCCACGAUUUUGUAAAGUGAUUAUACUGGGACGAAACACCAUAAUAAACCCAGAAAACGCAGCCUUCUUUUGGCGUCUAAACAUUCCUUUGGAAAUUAGAUUUUUUAAGUAUGUACCUAGUGUAUGUGUUUGGAAAUACCUAUGUACUAUGUACAGAAAAACGAAGAAUUACCACAAGUCAUUAUUACGUUAGGUGUGGUUAUCAAACAAGGUAUAUAUUGGAUGUAGUAAUCCGACCAGAUUAUGAGACUGACAACGUGAAAAGAUAAGUUGAUAAGUUUGCAACAAUGUAUGUAUAGAAUGGAACCGAAACAUAUUAUCUAAUCGUUGAUUAUUUAAUGUUCUGAUUAUAACGUGUGUGUAUGAUACUAUUAGAUUUAUAGUACUUUACUGGUUUAGGGAAAAUUGUACCUUAUGCUAUAAACUUUAUGUUUCAAAUUCCAAAGAAACCAUUGCAGCUAUUGUAAAUAUUUAGUUUUUAACUUUUGUGAUGGUAUAUGCCUAAAUUCUAUAUUAUAAAUUAUAUAAUAAAACUUAUACAAAAAUUA